AUGUUUGGCACCCAAAGUCACACUCGGCAUCCAUCUGUCAUCUCGGCUGGAUCAUUGGACCGUGCUGGGGUAGGUACACGUGGUGUGAUAUUGUAGUACAAUAUCAAUAAUGUUUAUUGUAUUUUUGUAAUCUAAUUAAACAUAGGCGGCUAAAGUCAUAGUCCUUUUAUUCAGAACCACUUCGACCCUACCUUCUUCCCCUAUGCCAAAGUAUUCUACAGACUCCCAGCAGAUGACGAACCUGUCACCUGGAUUCGAAGGUUACAGGUAACACAAUAUAAUGUUAUCUUUACUUAGUUUACUGCCGAAUUAUACUAAACUUAUUAAUAUCUUUAGGUAUUCUACGAGAAAUCCCGUCUCCACUACUUGUUACCCAUAGUUGUGUUAGUUAUUUACUCGUUCCUCGGCGGAUUCAUCUUCUAUACGAUCGAGUCCCCAGAAGAACAGCAGAUUUUAGCCAGGAAAAAGCAAUACAUAGAGCAAGAAGAGCAGAUAAUAAUGUCCGAGAUCAACAGAAUACAGAGUAGAAUGCGGUAUUUUCUUCAGAAGAACCAGACUCUCGAGUUAUACCUUCGAGAAGUACGACAGUACAAACAUGUUGCCCUCAACAGACUCAACAAGGUAACAAUCAUCACUUUUCUUCUGAUAGUCAACGUGUUAAAAGGUUGAAACAGCUAAGUUUUAAGCUGUAAAAGUAAUAUAGCUUUAGAAAGUAACAAGUUUAGACCUCAAAGUAAGAAAAAAUUGUUUUUGAAUUCAAAAAUAAUAAAAGCAAUCAAUUUUUAGGCAGUUUAUUGGUACGUCCUUCAAGUUUAUUACCUAAAUGAUCAAGAAAGUUACAAAGCUUCACUACUACAUCCACACAACCCUGAAAGACUCUGGAAGCCUCACUUUCACUCUAAUUUCGGCCGGAUUUUGGCAUUGAAAAACUAUACUGGACAGGUAGACGGAACACCACUUUCUAAAAUAUUGAUUUUCACAUCAGUUUUUUCCGAAACUUUGUUUUCAAAAAUAAAAAAAUGAGUAUACUCGAACUCGAGUAUUAAAACUUAAAAAUUUUUGAAGAUGUGAUAAAAUUGAAGAUGUAAUAUUGUUUUAGUUGUCGAACAGAUGUUGGGAGAUUGGAGUGGACUUUGUGACUCCAGAAGAAGCCGAGGCCAAGUUGAAGAAGAGUUUGAAGGAGUUCAACAAGUUCACGGGGCUGGAUCACAUCCUAACUCCAACGUGGACCUUCUGGAACUCCAUGUUUUUAGCAGGUAACCUUUUUUAUUGAUUUGACAUUGAUUUUUGGUUGAAAAGUAAAAUGAAAAGUCAUAUUAACUUGAACAAAAGAUAAUGUAACCUCCUUUUGUUUAGUUACAACAUAUUCAACUAUUGGCUAUGGCAAUAUUUCCCCCAAAAGUCGGCUGGGGAAGCUGGCAGCCAUGGUAUAUGCUGCAAUAGGUAUACCUCUGGUGCUGAUGAUUCUUCACAAGCUGGGAAGGUUCUGUUUGAGAGGACUUGAGUAUCUUUGGAACAAUGCUGUUUGGUAUGUCUUGAUAUUUUUAGUGGAAGUGUAAAUACUGUAUUUUAACGAUUUCAUCUUGCCGGUUAAUAUAGUGACAUAUUUUGUUGGUCACAUGAGUUUAAAUUUAAAUAUUGUUGUAGGUUUAUGGAAGGCUUGAGUUGUGUUAAAGACGCCGAGAAACUGAAGGGAAACAUGAAAUACGAGAAUGGAAUGCCAGUUCUGCUGGCUGUGGGAGUAGCUUUUGGCUGGAUGUUCUUAUGUGCCGCCAUCUUCUUGAGGUUCGAGGACGACUGGGACUACUUCAAGAGCUUCUACUUCUUCUUCUGUUCCUUGACCACGAUCGGCUACGGAGACGUGACUCCGACAAACUCAGAGGACAUGUUUCUGAUGUUCGGCUUCAUCAUUAUCGGUCUGUCGUUAGUGUCAAUGUGUGUGAAUGUGAUCCAACUCAAGUUGGAGGAGUUGUUUGAAGAGCUGCUUAUAGCCAUGAUGGAAGAGAUUGGUGCUCAAGAAGCUGGUUUGGGUGGGGCUGACAUUGCACCCAAGCUGACAUUAGUAGACUUGUGGAAGGUGUGGAAGCGACGGAGGAAUCAGAAUCGCCAGAAACAAGAGCAGAUCGAGAAGGAUGCCAAAAGUGGUGGGUUUUGUCAAGUAUUUACAGUUUUAUUGAUAAGUUAUUAAGAAAUAAGUUGUUUUAUCAUGUUUUCUUUUUUAAUUUCAUUUGAUAUUAUUUUUUUAGUCUUAUUCAUUAUUUUAGGUAUGAAGAGUGCAGUUCCACGAAAGUCCUUUUCCGAAUUUAAUUGGUGGAAGAUCUUUCCUUUUGCCAAGCGACGUCGAGAAGUCUUGAUUCAUGAGUUUAGGAAUCGGUUGACACAGGUGAUUCUGGUUUUCUGAUAGUUGAGGUUUCAAAAAUACCUUAGAAACUGUUUUUUACGCCAAAAUAACUGCAAAGACAUAUUUUAAGUAUGUAGAUAGUCCUUCCAAGCUAUACGUUUAGUAUUAAGGUAACAAUACAGAUAAAACAAAUUGUACACGAAUCUAUAAGUUAUUGUAGGCUCACAAAGAAACUCAAACAGAGCCGUGGGUGCUCCACAACCUCAACUACGUGAGUGAGAUUGAUGAAAUGAGUUGGAACGAGACCUCGCCCGGUACCAGUGGUUCGCUCGGCCCGAGUGUAGCAGGGUCCCAGAAUGGGUACCAUACUCCGGCCAACAGAAGCUCUCCGAACAGAAGUUCCCCCAUCAACAGGAGCUCUCCGUUGUCCUCGAACGGGUCGUCGGCCAGAAGAGUGAAGGUGGCCAUAAGCGAGAACAGCUCUUCCGUCAGCCUGAGGUCGAGUUCCAGCUCUUCUUAUGCCAAACGAUACCUACCGAGCAGGAACGACCGUAGACAUACGACGGUGUCAGCUGGUACCGGUACCACUAUGGCUUCGAUCAAAUCGGCCCCAAUCUCGGGACCUUACAUUGAGCCGAGAAUGUCGCCCAACUCUGCCAGUAUCGUGGAACAGUACGCCAGUCAGAGACGAUGGACCUUCUUUGAGAUAGGAAAGACACCUCGCGGGGCUCCAAGGGGACUAGUGGUACCAUACAUGUAUAUGAGAAGGAAUGCGCUUACUGUAAGUCUAAUAAUACUGUACUUGAUUGAAUUGUACUGUAACAUGUACUGUAAUUUAAUCUAACCUAUGUUGUUUAACAAGGUAAGGUAAGUGAUUAUAUUUAUUAACAGGUGAUAUUACUGUAACUGCCCGUUCGUUACGACUACUGUACUUUCAGCAUGAGACCACAGAGAUUGCGCAAUUGAUAGCGGAGAUCGAUUCGAGGCUGGUCGACUGUAGAUCCAUCGUGUCUACGUCGCGAGCUGUGUCUCGAACUGGCCCAGCACCAGGCUCGAGUACGCAGCCGGAAUGA